GACGACUCUCGCGCCUCCUCUGGAUAUCGACGCGCCUCGGUGCGACGUCCAGGGCAACAGCAGCGAGCGUUCUCCGCUGCGCGGUCGGCAACAGCAGCGUUCUCGCUGCACGACUGACGGCGCCCGGAUCCGGUGACCCGGGGCCAGCGAAGGCGCGCAGCGUGACCCGAGAGCCGCAAGGCGCGCGCAGCCGCGAAGGCGCGCAGCGUGGCCCGAGAGAGCCAGCGACGCGCACGCCAGCGACCAAUAAUAAAAAUGGCCUCGCCCGCCGCGCUCAACGCGCUCCUCGACAAGACGAGCGACUGGGACAAGGAUGAGCGCUACAUGGCGACGAACGACUUGAUCCAGGAGCUCCAGAAGGACGCGCAGCUCGACGCGGCCAUGGAGCGGAGGGUCUGCGCGGCGGUGCUGCGGCAGCUGGACGACAAGAGCACGGACGUCCAGUCCAUUGCGGUGAAGUGUUUAGGGGUAUUACUCAAAAAAGUGCGGGAAGCUCAAGUCGGCGAGAUCUCGGACAAGCUCUGCUCGUUGAUCUUGGACGGCACGGACGAGCUGAGGGACGUAUAUAGUAUCGGCCUCAAAACCUUAUUGAGGGACGUGCCGCGCGCGUCGGGCGAGGCCGUCGCCGGCAGACUGGCGGCGCGGCUCGUCGGCGGCGUCCGCGACGACGCCAAGGCCGAGAGUAGGGUCGAGGCCCUCGAGAACCUGACGGACUUGCUCAAGCGCUUCGGGGCCGCCGUCGCCAAGGACCACGGCGCGGUGUUGGAUGCGGCGUUGCAGCGCCUGGACGACCCGAAAAAUGUGGUAAGGAAGCGCGCGGCGCACUGCCUCGCGGCGCUGGCCCUGACGUGCUCGGAGCCGCACCUCGAGAAGCUCACGACGACCUUGUUACGAAGGGUCGACGCGGCGGGCCGCGACGCUUCCAAGGCGCGGACGCCCGUCGCGGCGAUUGGGACCGUGGCGCGCGGCGUCGGCCAGCGGCUAGGUACACACUUAGAUAGGUUGGUGCCGGCGCUCGUCGCGCCUUUAGGUGACGCGGACGACGCCGAGUCCAAUGAUCCGGAGAGAAAUGAACUCAGGGAGACGUGCCUCCACGGCCUCGAGGAGCUCGUGAGGCGGUGCCCGGCCGAGGCCGAGGCGCACGUCGACGCUUUGUUAGAGACGGCUUUGGCCUUCGCGGCUUUUGAUCCGAACUACUCGUAUGGCGACGAGGACGAAGAAAUGGACGCCGAUGAUGAGGAAGAGGACGAGGAGUACGAGGACGAUUAUGGCGACGAGGACGACGACGACGACACGUCCUGGAAGGUGAGAAGGGCGGCGGUGCGCGUUUGUGGGGCCGUUGCGGAAGCCAAACCGAGGUCGUCGCUGGUUGAUCUAGCCACGGCGUUGGUGGGGCGGUUUAAAGAGCGCGAGGAGAACGUGCGCGUCGACGUCGUCGAGACGCUUACCAAAUUAGUGAAGACGAUGGCGCAGACGGACGCCCUCGCUGCAUUGGCUCCGCAGGCCUGCCGCGCGUGCAAGAAGCCCAUCUCGGGCAAGGUGGGGGACAACCUCAAAACAAAAUCGGCCUGCUUCGGCUUGCUGCGGGAGUUGUGCGUGAGCGCGCCGCCGGGUGCCUUGGGCGAGGAAGAUGUGCGGCUCGUGGCCGAGGCUUCGGGGCGGGGCCUGGCCGAGAAGUCGCAGUCCCUGAAGUUGGAAGGCGCUAAACUCUUGAGGAGCGCCCUGGCUCGCGGCGAGGAGGCGAAGUGUAUCGUCGACGACGCGGUGCCGAGGGCGAUCGACGCCGUCAAGGCCGAGUGGUACAAGUUGAUUGAAGAGGGGUUGCGACUAUGUGUGGCCGUGGCGGAGUUGGUGAGGCCCAUCGACGCGGACAUGGCCGAGGGCGAAGGCAUGGACGUGGCGUCGAAAUUACUGGAGGCGGCGCGGCCUCGACUCGUCGCCGGCGCCGUCGACCUGGAAAUAAGAGAGCGGGCCAUCGAGUGCGUGGGGGACGUGACGGCGCGGUUCGCGGACGUCAUGGACUCGGAAUUGCUCAAGGGCGCCGUUUCUGAUUUGGUCGAGCAGCUCGACCGCGAGGCGACGCGCUGUUCCGCAUUGCGGGCGCUCGCGGUUAUUGCGAACUCGCCCCGAUCUUCAGCAACGGCUACCCUAGUCCUCGAGAAGGGCGGCCUCGGUACGCUCUCAUCUUUCUUGGAACACCACGCGCGCCCGCUGCAGCAGGCGACUUUGGAAGCUCUCGGGGCUUUGUUACGCACCCUGCCUCCGAAAUCGAAACUAAAAGCCGGCGACGUCGCGUGUACCUUGACGAAUGCGUCAACCUUGGCCAAGGACUCGGAUUUGCACCUGGCCCAUUUAGCCACCAAAAGCAUCGCGGCGGCCGUAUCUCAAUGUACGUUGGACAAAAAAGCGAAAACAGCGUGCGAGAACGACGUCCUGCCGGCGGCGUUGACCUUAGCGGCGUCUCCACUCUUGCAAGGCGCACCUUUGGACGGUUUGGCGGACGUCUUCGAGGCCAUUGCUCUGAAGGGCGGCGGCGGCGCCCUGGGCUUCGACGCGUUGUUAAGCGCGUUACCGGACGCCGCGCGCGUCGCCAAGGAGGAGGAUCCGGUCCGCGGCUCGCGGCAGGCGCGGAAAAAUGUGGCCGUGGUGAUCGCGCGGUUGUGCGCCGCGGCGGACGCUUCCACGUUAAAGAAGGCCGUGGCCAACUUAGUGAACCAAGUAGGCGACGAGAACAAGCUCCUGGCCGUCACCGCUCUCGGGGAACUGGGCAGGAGGUGCGACUUGUCGAAGCUCGGCGCCAUCAGCACGCUGACGGCUUGUUUAGGCGCGGGCGACGUCGGCGACGCCGACGAAGCGAAGACCGCCGCCGCCGCGGCUUUAGGAAGUUGUGUGGCGGGCGCGCCGCACGAGCUUGAUGGUUUAUUAGAUGCUUUGGACGAGGACCCCUGCCCGCGCGAGUACCUCUUACUGAUCGCGUUGAGAGAAGUCGUGGCCCACGCGCCGUCGGAUCGGAUUAAAAGUGUCGCGCUGCGUCUGGUCCAGCGCCUGUUGACAGCGGUGCAGGGCAACCAGGAGGCGGUGGCCGACUCGGCGGCCGAGUGCGCCGGGGCGCUUGCCGCGAUUGCGCCGGAGGCCGUGGCCCAGCACUUCUUGGACCCUCUCCUAAAUGCGUCGGACGUCAAGCACAAGGCGUCGGCGGCGGCCUGCGCCAAGGCGGCGACGUCGGCGAAAUUGGCUACUGAUGCGUCCGUCGCCGCGGCUUUGGUCGAUCGGUUGGAACCGCUGCUGAAAUUACUAGAUGAUGAGGAUCUGGACUGCAAGAAGAAGUCGCUUGGGUUAGUACAUGCGGCGGCGCACAACCGCUUAUCUCUCCUCGAGGCGCACUCGGGAUUUGUCGAAUCGAGACUCGCCACUUUAGCGGCGCUGAAGAUCGAGCACGUCGUGGACCUGGGCCCCUUCAAGCACAAGGUCGAUGACGGUUUGCCUUUGCGGAAGGCGGCGCUGGCCGCUUUGGCCACGCUCGUCGACCGGAAAGCGAUCCAGGACACGGCGGGGUGCGUCGACGUCGUGGCCGGCGCGCUCGCGGACAAGAACGCCGACGUCCAGGCCCAGGCGCACCAGCUCCUCGUGAAGCUCUGCGCGCUCGACGCUGCUUCCGUGUUGGCCAAGGCCGACGCGAUCUGCGAGCCCCUCGACAAGGCCGUCCACAAGAAGAUCAAGGAGGGCACGGCCAAGGACGACCGCGCCUGGGAUUUGGUAAGGAGCGCGCUGCGCGCGGUGCUCGCCGUGAAGGAGCUCCCGGGCGGCUGCCCGCGCGCCGACGCGCUCCUCGAGAAGGCGCGCGCCAAGGACAAGCUCGCGGCCGAGCUUGCGGCCUUGGCGAAGUAGACGACGUAUCAUCUGUGCCCCCCUUCCCCCUGCGUCCGCGUAAGGACGUCACAUU